UCCAUGGCGACAGGUGUGGUCGUGCUGCUGAGCACAUGGCUCGGUGUGUGCGUGGCCUUUAACCUCGACACAGCGUUCUCGCUGCUGAAGACGGGACGAAACGGGAGUCUGUUUGGACUGUCUGUCUCUCUGCACCAGGACCUGAAGACAGACAGUUACCUGCUAUUGGUUGGAGCGCCCAGGGAGAAGGCGGAGACUAAUGUUUUAGCCAAUCGAACAGGAGGAGUGUACAGCUGCCCAAUUACCACAGACCAAUCAGAGUGCAGCAGGAUGAAGCUCAUAGACCCAGACCUGAAUCUGUCUGAAGACCUGAUCGAGGACAUGUGGUUGGGCGUCUCAGUAGCCAGUCAGGGCAGACCUGGGGGGCGGGUCCUGGCGUGCGGUCAUCGCUUCGUUAAACUCUAUGGAGCAUUCAAACUCAGACACAUGAUUGGCCGAUGUUAUCUCCGUGGAAACGACCUGCAGUACGACGACACAGACACUCACUGGCAGAACCCCGACCAGCCCUGCAGCUACCUGGGUGAUGUCAGCAGUGAGGUCAUGUGCAACAUGGGGAUCUCGGCCUCCAUCACGCAGACCGACAUCAUCGUCGGCUCACCUGGAAGCUACGAGUGGCAAGGUAACGUCCACAUCUCCUGGAUGAACCCAGAUGUUGUCUUUGACACCCAGAGGAGCGUCUUCCCCAACCUGCAGCGGAGAAACAUUUAUAUAGGAUAUUCGGUGACUCAGGCUCUGCAUCUCCUCUCUCAGGAUGAUGAAACCAUAGUAACAGGAGCUCCUAAGGACAGUAGAGAGGACGCCCGUGGUUCUGUCUUGCUGGCUGUGAAACACUCGCACUCCCUGACGACUCAGCAGACUCUACGCGGCGAGCAGACGGGCUCGUACUUCGGGAACGCCGUGACAACCGCCGACCUCAACAACGAUGGAUGGAACGAUCUUCUGGUGGGCGCUCCUUUUUACUUCCAGCGUCAGCAGGAGGCGGGCGGGGCAGUUUAUGUGUACAUGAACAAAGGUGGUUGGUUUGAUCCUCGGCCCAGCGCGGUGCUGACAGGACCGAGCGGGUCGGCGUUUGGUAUGGCUGUAGCUGCUGCUGGAGACCUGGACCAGGAUGGCUUCCAGGACUUUGCAGUCGGAGCGCCUUUCCAUGAAACAGGAAGUGUGAUGAUCUGGACCGGGAGCAGUGAGGGGGUCUCUACAGAACCGAGUCAGGUGAUCCGGGGUAGCAGGGUCUCUCCGGUGUUCAGGACCUUUGGAUACUCUCUGUCUGGAGGUCUGGAUGUUGAUGGAAACCAGUAUCCAGACCUGCUGGUGGGCUCUCUGGAUGACGCUGUCGCUCUGCUCAGAACUCGUCCAGUCGUUCACCUCAAUAAAACCCUCAGAGCUUCUCCAGACGUCGUUGAGCCGAAGACUUGUGAUUUGUGCAUUCAGGUGGAGGUGUGUUUCUCCUACAUCUUCAGCAUAGGAGAGAGGAGCGACAGAGACAACAUCACCAUCCACUUCACCAUCACUGCUGACGUCACCAGCAUCAAGUCCCGCCUCCGUUUCCGUGACAACGGACAGAGCGUAUACUCCGGUUUCCUGUCGAUGCCGAAUAAACACUGUGAAACUCUGAGCGUCCAGCUUCUGAAUCCGAUCCGAGACAAAGUGGAACCUCUGGUGUUUUCCCUGAACGUCUCUCUGUACGAGAAGCUUCCCAAGAAAAGAAACGCCGUACAGGACCUGAAGCGCCUCCCUGUACUGAGCCAGUCACCCCGACCCAUCAGAACCCAGAUCCACAUCCAGAAGGCCUGUGGUCCUGAUAACCGUUGCCAUAGUAAUCUGCAGAUGAUGGCCCAGUUCACAGAUGAGAACCAGAACCCCUUCGCUGUGCAGAAGGACCAGCAGGUGUUGUACUACAACACCAACUUUAACAGACUGUUUCUGGAGGUCAAUAUCAGCAACACACCGUCUCCGGGCCGACAAGCAGAGGACGCUCACAAUGCCGUUCUGAACAUUAGCAUCCCACCAUCACUCAUUUACUCCGGAGUCCGAACAAAGGGUGACAUCCAGGCGGUGAUGCAGUGUUCUGUUGAGGACGCUGUUCUUCUGUGUGAGCUGGGGAACCCGUUCAAAAGCAACCGUCAGGUUCAGGUGUUGAUAAUAUUUCAGACGUCUGAAAUCAGUUUAGACACCCGAGAGAUUCAGUCUCUGCUGCAACUAUCCACGUUCAGUGAGCAGUCAGAUCUGUUUCCUGUCUCCGUCUCCUUGUUGGUGCAGUAUUCUCUGCAGACGUCUCUCAUUCUAAUCCCUCCUCCAGGUCGGGUUUCCUUCAGUGGUCAUGUGAUCGGUGAGUCGGACAUGAAGGAGACAGAGGAUGUUGGCAGUCUGCUGCUCUUCACCUUACAGGUGCACGUCAGUGGGAAGCCGCUGGGCCACCUGGGCCACCUGCAGGUGGAGUUUGAUUGGCCAACAGAGGUGUCCAAUGGGAAGUGGUUGCUGUACCUGACAGAGAUCAAAAUGAAUGGCUCAUCUGAGACUCGCUGUGUUCCGCCGGGCGACAUCAUCAACCCCCUCAACCUGCUGCUGUCAAAGCAGGAGAAGAAAAAGAGGAGGAGUCUGGAGGAGAAGAAGGAGGAGCAGAGAGAGAAAGCUCUACCUGUCCUCCACCAGAAGAAAACGUCCUACGUCCUGGACUGUGGUCACGGAGCUACCUGUGAGACCUUCGUCUGUCCUCUCACCAACAUGAACAACUCAGUAACUCUGACAGUCAGAGCGAGACUGUGGAACUCCACGAUGAUAGAGGACUACAAUGAUGCUCACAGGGUGCUGGUUCGAGGCUGGGCAACUCUGAAGCUGCAGACGAGCAAACCAACCCUCAACAUGGAGCCUCAGAGCACAAAGAUUGAAUUCCACAUCUACCCCGACCCGGGGCAGCAGGCAGGGUCCAGAGCCCCCAUGUGGAUCCUCAUGAUUUCUGUCCUGGCUGGAGUCUCCCUUCUGGCUGUGAUCUGCCUGCUGCUCUGGAAGUGUGGUUUCUUUGUGCGUGGUGGUGCGUGGCGGGACGCGGUUCUCCACCAGGGGAGGAUUAUGGGUAAAGAUGAGCAGCAGCAGCUUCGGGACUCUGACGAUUUCCUGAUCCAAGACCACGUCUACUCAUCCAGAGCUAGGAAGGCACCCAAACAAUGGGUCACCUCCUGGACUGAGAAGCACACAACCCGGACCAACACACCCUGA